AUGGCAGGAGCACACUGCGGAAUCACCGAAGGCUUGAAAAGCCGAUGUCACGCUUUAGAUUGCAAACGAAAAAAAGACGAAGAUCGAAAUGCCUGCUUCCUAGUCAAAUCUCAUGAGCCAGGAAUCAGCAAGCCGGAUCAAGCCUCCGCAUGCUCUUCACAAAUGGAGCAAUGCAAAGCUUAUAUUGUAAAGAAACCAGCACAACCGAUCUGCCUCUCCAAAACCAUGAAAGCAGCGGAGCGGUUCCAUGACUCUUUCGUCAAAGAAGCCACUGAAACUAUCAAUGCGCGGACAGAGCAUAAUGAACGAGAGAAGCUCAUGCUAGGUCUGAAGGGGCAUCUGGAGGCUGAAUCCAAUGGUCUAGGAAUUUCCGUCAUACAAUGGCUAAUGAGAACCAACGCCAGGAAAGAGGGAUUACUACAGCAAACACUGCUGACCACAUCCCAAGCCACCAACAGCCAGUCUGUCAGCAGUGGUAUCAGCUACUGUUUAGAAAUUUCAGUUAGCGCCAUGACUUCACAUGAACGCAACGAAAAGCGGCUGGUCCAGUACAAAAUCUUGAAGCAAGCUCUCAAAGGAAAAGCGGGUGGUCCAAUCAACAGCAUCCCAGAUAUAGGAGAGAAGUACGCGGUAGCCAGCUCGCAUAUCUUGAUCAACGAGAUUGAACGGCUUCCACGAGCUCAGAAUACCCCAAGGACUUGCGGCAAAACUCUUGUAACGAUCUCUUCUCGCAUACCGCAUUUGUAG